GGGGAGAGGGGAUAGAGAGAGAGAGUUGGGGGGAUGGGGAUAGAGGGGACAGGAAGAGAGUUAGGGGCUCGAGGGGAUAGGGAGAGAGUUAGGGGAUAGGGAGAGAGUUAGGAAUAGAGGGGAUCGGGAGAGCGGAUAUGGGAAGAGUUAUGGGAAAAGGGUAGAGUGAUGGGAUAGGGGAAGAGCUUAGUGCAACGAUUAGGGUUACAAUUAGGGCUACAUUCGAGGUAGGAUUAUAGGCCAAGGUUAGUUCCGGAGAUGUUGGUGCAACCGUGGAUCCAGGGACAGCAGCACUGCUCGCCCAUCGAUGCACAGUUGAAGAUUUAAACGGCCGUUACUGGCCGUGUAGGGGGCUCGUGCCCCCCACAAAUGGGCGGCAUUGAUCUAAGUUGUCAUGGACGUUUUGAUUUCCUUCUGUCUUUCACGCCAACUCCCACCAACCCCCAGUCAACCACCAAACAUAAACAUCCCUCUCGAACGAUCACGAAUAUGCAUUACCCCGCCUGUCCACCCAGGAAAGCCUGAGUCUCAAGACUUGAUCAGGAUGUCCCUGCCAAAUGUUCCCAUUCUGGAGCUAUGCCGCGUCAGUGUUAUUUCAUUUGAGUUGUAUGGAGAUAUUCUUCCAGCAAAGGGAUGAUUGACCAACACGAGUUACAUUGUGGAGUUUAGUUAUGGGAGGAAACCGGAGAAUCCGGAGGAAACCUCUGCCGAACAAGGAGAGGACAUUCAAACUCCACGUGGAGUUACGCCCCCGUCGAGAAUCUAACACAAGAGUUCCUUGCUGUGUUACCACUGUGACCCGCAUGGCGUUCAUACGACAGGAGCCAGCUUCAUAUCGACACAAUCACUGUCCACAUUUACAGCAGAGCAAUGUUAUUGUGCUCAUUGCAAGAGCUGGUCCAUGGACCAGAGCAGCUAUGAGGACAAUUCUGGGCCACAGCGCCGCCUGGCGGCAGCGAGGGGCUACGGCCGGGACCCCGUGCGACGUGGCAGGCCGAGAGGGGAGGAGAGGGAGGCGGGCAGCAGCAGCAGCAGCACCCCGGGGUCUCUGGUCGGUCCGCUUCUCUCGGACCCAGCUGAGUCUGCCAUGGCCCACGAGGGCGCGGUCCGGGUGGCCGAGGACGCGGCAGACCAGUUCCUGCGCGUGACCAAGCACUACCUGCCGCACGCGGCGCGCCUCUGCCUGGUGAGCACCUUCCUGGAGGACGGCGUGCGCAUGUGGUUCCAGUGGUCGGAGCAGCGCGACUACAUCGAGGGCAGCUGGGGCGGCGGCGCCGCGCUCGCCACAAUCUUCGUGCUUGUCAACCUGCUCGGCCAGAUUGGUGGCUGCCUCCUCAUCCUGUGCCGCAAGUUUGUUCCCCACGCCUGCUGCGGCCUCUUCGUCAUCAUCGCUCUGCAGACCGUGGCCUACAGCAUCCUGUGGGACAUCAAGUUCCUCAUGAGGAACCUGGCUCUGGGCGGGGGGCUGCUGCUACUGCUGGCCGAGUCGCGCUCCGAGGGGCGGUCGAUGUUUGCGGGGGUCCCCAGCGCCGGGGGGACGUCCCCCCGCCACCUCCUGCAGCUGGGCGGGAGGCUGCUGCUGGUGCUCAUGUUCAUGACGCUGCUGCACCUGGAGGCCAGCGCGUUCUCCGUGGUGCAGGACGUGGUGGGCACGGCCCUCAUGUUGCUGGUGGCCGUGGGCUACAAGACGAAGCUGGCGGCGCUCACGCUGGUGCUGUGGCUCUCGGCGCUCAACGUCUACCUGAACGCGUUCUGGGCCGUGGCGGCCCACAAGCCCCUGCACGACUUCCUCAAGUACGACUUCUUCCAGACGCUGUCCGUCACCGGAGGCCUGCUGCUCGUCGUGGCGCUCGGCCCCGGGGGCGUCUCCGUCGACGAGAAGAAGAAGUGGUGACCGCCUCCGCCGUGCUGCACCGCCCGACCCCCGGCACGCCGACCUGCACCGGCCGCACCGACCGCUGCCCCUCCCCACCCCUCCCGACCACCCCCCGUGUGUGUGUCCGUCCGUAUGUCCGUGUGUCUGUGUGUCUGUGUGCGUGAGCGUUCAUCUCGGGCCACGUGGCGACAUGACCGCUCAAUUCAACCUUGCGUGCAAAAAUCAAUCAAUCAAUCAAUCGUUAGCCACGUGAAUCGCACGCGGGUCGACCGCCUAUGUUACGUUUCUGGUAAUGGGGAGGGGGGUGGGACGGAUAAAACCGAAUGAGCAAAACCCCCAAAAGAGAGACACAAUACAAAGGGGAUAUCAAAACGGGCUGUGUUGUGACGCUUCACCAAAUAUAAUUUCGGGGGGGAGGGGGGGUUUGUAGUGAACCGUGAGAGGCUGAGCAGUUACCAGUCACGUGUCCAUGCAGUGCAAAGGGUGAUGUGGCCAGUCACUGUCACGGAUCGCACGCGGUGAAGGUAGCGCCUUCCCCCACCCUCCCCCCCCCCCCAUUUGCGGAGUCUGUACCCCCUGCGGAGUCUGUACCGCCCGUGAAGUGCGUACUCCACGCGCCCCCCACGCGCCCCCCACGCGCCCCCCACGCGCCCCCCACGCGCCCCCCACGGAGUCCGUCAUCCGCACGCCGCCACCACCGCUGCUGCUGCUGCCCGGGGAUCGUGGCUGGCUGGGGGCGAGGCGGAGGUGGUGAGGGUCAGAGUUCACGGUGCAGUGACCCUGCGGUCCCACGCUCCCCGUCCCGGGCCCCGUCCACCUCCCUCCCCGCGCCUCCUGCCGCUCCUCUCGUGGGCACUUCGCUCUGAGCCCCCCACUCCGUCUAGGUCCCCCCCCCCCCACGCUCUGAGAGCGACGGUUCCGUGCGAUCCACCCUCAAGGGCAGACGGCCUCCCAGCAACCAAAACGGUGCCCUACUUGGGCCCCCGGGGUGCCCAGUCCGUCCGUUUGUGGCCUCGGCAUUCACGAUUUGGUGCGCGGGUGGGGGCCCUGGACCCCUGGUCUUCUCGGGGGGCAAGGUUGAGGACGUGCACCGGGAUGGGACGGCAGGAGGAGGGAGAGAGACGACGUCAGGCGGUGGUGAACGCUGCUUGCUCGGUGUGUGGUGUGGUGGGUUACAGUGUGGGUAGAGAGUGAUGUGUGUGUUUGUGUCUGGUCCUGCGGGAUGUGUACUGUCGAGUGUAGUAUGUACAUCGUAUUGUUGUGUGUGUGGUGUGUAUCUGUGUGUGUGUGUGGUGUGUGAUGUGUAUCUGUGGGUGUGUGUGGUGUGUGAUGUGUAUCUGUGGGUGUGUGUGGUGUGUGAUGUGUAUCUGUGUGUGUUGUGUGGUGUGUGAUGUGUAUCUGUGGGUGUGUGUGGUGUGUGAUGUGUAUCUGUGUGUAUUCGAGUGUGUGUGAUGGAGUGUGUGAGUAUUUGCACCCGUGUGUGUAUGUGUGGUGUGUGUGGUAUGAGUCCGGCUUUAUUUGUAUUUGCGGUAUGUGUAUAAGAAUAUGCGGCAUGUGUAUGUAUGAGGGUGCCUGUAUGUGUGGUAUGUGUGUGGUAUGUGUGUAAUUGAAAGUGCGUGGUGUGCGUGUGUUAGUGAGUGCUUGCGGCCUGUGUCUGUGUGCGUUACGGGGAGCUGUGGCACAAUCGUUCGCGCGCCCGGUGACCCAAGUUUGAUUCCCGCUCACGGCCAACACCGGUGACGAAUAUCUGAACCGGUCCUAGGCACCCCCUAGGUCGACUCAGCCUGAAAUGAGUACCUGGUACGGUGUGUAAAAUCAGCACUGGGGAGAGAAAGGCGGCCGGGCGUGGUGCUGGCUACACCACCCCCUUUUGUGCCGUGCCGCCCUUAAUAGGUGCUCGCUAACAUAACUUGCCCUAACAGCCUGUUAAAGGCUACACGGGGGAUCUUUGUCUGUUACCACAACCGCUCACCGCCGCACGAGCGAGGGAUGGAAUCGAGGGAUCGGUAAGGGGGAGGGGGGGGUCAUCGCAAACAUUCCGAGUGGGGUCCGAGGGUUUCUCGCUGGGCGGUUUCAUUUUUAUCAGCAUCAUCAGCAUCGUUUACGACUGUCGCCGUUGUCGUUUUAAAGUGUAUCGGUCAAUAAACCCUCACGUUCACAUCUCAA